AUGGCUGCGGACAUGCGGUCGUGGUUGCUUUCCCGUCGUGAGUUGAGCGUCAUAGAGAGACUGUUGACUGUGCAAUGUUGUCAGUCCAGUGAGGGUAAACUUUGGAACUUGGUCUUACUGAUGUUAAUCGCCGGUCAUCUAUCUAUAAAUCAAGUAAAUUGCCAAUAUUCUACUCGUGCCAGACUGAUGUUAGAACUGGUCCAAUAUUAUAAUCCUAAUGAAAGACUUUAUGAUGGAAGGAAAUGCGAUGUAUUUUCCGCGUGCGAUUACGUUUUUGAGAUAGCAAUUGGCACAUCUGGUCGAAAUAAUAGUUAUUACUCCCUCGUAACCAAUACCUUUGAAAAUGGCCAAUACAUUCAGUUCUCAUCAGGAACAGCGCUGGCAUCCAAUGUUGGAAAUCCAAUUAGGGUUCCUAUUCUUACGGCAUUACCGGCAUCCGAAUCGAUACAAUUAUCUAUCAUCGUCAAAGACAACGAAUUCAAUUCGAAAUUUGAAAUUGUGGAUUUUUUACGCUACUAUAGCGACGCACUAUCCGGAACCUCAUUAAAUAAUCUAGUUAUUACUGGUACACGAACUAAAGUCAAUCCAUCCAAAUUAACAGUCAACUUUAAGAUAGAAUGUGGGACUGGCUGGGAAGGCCCCAAAUGCGAUAGAGCUAUCUGCCGCUCAGGCUGUAGCGUUACGCGUGGUUCAUGUAACAAUAGUCCAUUUACCUGCAGUUGCAAUCCUGGCUGGACUGGAUCAACAUGUGAUUCUUGUAUAAAGUUAUCAGGCUGUGUACAUGGCUAUUGCCGCCUUGGAAAUGAUUGUACCUGCAGCACUGGUUGGCAGGGAUCGUACUGCAAUAUAGCGAUAUGUUCCGGUGGAUGUAAUGCUGAACAUGGACGGUGUGCCUCGCCAGAUAAAUGUUUAUGUGACUCUGGAUGGACUGGUACAAGCUGUGAUACUUGUAUUAAAUCGCCACACUGUUCAGAAUUACAUGGUUAUUGUCUCAAUGGAAACGAUUGUCUCUGCCAUGAUGGUUGGGGUGGUCCAAAUUGUGAUAAAGACUUAAAUCCAUGUAGUAACCCUAAUCGUUGUAAAAAUGGUGGUACAUGCCAGCGUUUAGGAAUAAAUACCUAUAGGUGCAACUGUCUACCAAGAUAUACUGGAGGUCACUGUGAAUAUUCGCCACCUGAUAAGCCUCAGGUACGAAAUAUUGCCAUCAAUGCUACACAAAUAGCGAUAACAUGGGAUAAAUUCCAAUCAAACGGUGGCUACCCUUUAGUUAAACUAUACUUUCGAUUAGACUAUUAUCAAGUUAGCAGCUUCGGCAGCCCCGUUUUCGGCACUAGAUCUUCAUCUAGCAACAUCUCUUAUGAAAUUAACGAGGCCACCAUUUCUCACCUACUGCCCGUAACCUAUUAUAGUGUUAGCGUUAUCGCUUUUAAUGGAAUUGGUAAGAAUAGCAGUUCGUGGAGGAGAGUAAAAACUAUAGGUUAUCCUCCACACCCUCCGAUCAUUAAUAGAAUAGUUACAACAAUGAAUGCUAUCGAUAUUGAAUGGAACAUUACAUCAACUGGGGGUUAUGAUAUUUCGGAGGUUCAGAGUUUCCUUGAAUAUCAAAAAUGGUCAGAUUAUUUUGAAAAUCGAGAAAAGGGUUUGACUAAGAUACUUCUUCAUCAUUAUCAAUAUCGAAUUGACAAAUUGCAAUCAAAUACUGGCUAUAGAUUGCGUAUUACCGUAAAAAAUCCUAUUGCUAAGCGUUCUUCUAUAUGGAUCAACGAAACCACUUAUGGUGUCCCUGGUCUUCCAAUUAUUUCUAGUUUAAUUAGUACCUCCACGACUAUAAUUGUUCGUUGGUUACCAUCUCCCUCAAAUGGUGGUUAUACCAUGUCGAACUUAUCAUACAAUGUAGAAUACUUGCAGGCUGAUGGCUAUCAAGAACGUAUUUGUCCAAGAUGUACAGUUUCGCCAUCAGUUAAUAACGUUUACUUUCUAUUAAAUAAACUAACGAUUGGAAGUCCCUAUGUAAUAAGAAUUAAGGCAACUAAUCCAGGAGGAGAAAGUUAUAGCAGUUGGAGAAGAAUGUCUACAAAAGAUUUUCACGCUAUUUCUUCUACUCGUGUAACAGGAUACCCUCCUGAUGCUCCAACAGGUAUUACAAUUGUAGCCGAUGCGCAAAGAGCCACGAUCACAUAUAAAAGAAUCAAAUAUUACGGUGGUUAUAGUUUAGGAAGCAUUACGUUUUAUGCCAGAUAUCUCAUCAAUAACGGACAAGUGCCUAAUACUGAUUGUACGAACUGCUAUAAGAGGACUUAUGGUACAGAAUCUUCGAUUCAAUUAACUGGUUUAUUGGUUGGUACAGUUUAUUACAUUCAAGUUGUUGCAGCUAAUGAAGCAGGGCAAAAUGCCAGUCAUUGGGAAAGAUUCACAACGAAAGGUAAACCAAGUUCAGUUACUGGCAUUAGAAUUACUGUUUUACCCUCGGGGGUUAUAAUUACAUGGGAUCAUCCAGCGUAUACCGGAGGUUACGAUCAUUCACAAAUCACUUACUUUGUUGAAUACGGUGUUGCUGGUACAGGCAGUGAUGGGUGCCAAAGUUGUACGACUAUCCCUACAAAUAGAAAUACCACUGUGACUUUACGCGGUUUAGGGAGCUCAAGAGAAUAUCGAAUACGCGUCAUAGCAAAUAGUCCAGCAGGCGUUUCAGCUAGUAACUGGACAUCAGUGUGGACAAGAGGUGUUCCUUCCGCUCCAUCAGACAUAUUAAUUGGAAAUAUUACCUCAACUUCGGUUUUAAUUAGUUGGACUGCUGCUAAAAGCUACAAUGAUCAGAACUCAACUGAUGUUGCUUACCGUGUCAAAUAUUCCAUUCAUCGUAUGCGUGACAUUAACUGUAGCUUUUGUCGCCUUACUUCUCCAACUUGGCGUACAUUUAUAGUACUAACAGGAUUAGAAUCUUACACUGCUUACGAUAUUUCUGUUGUUGCUUCCAAUAAUCUUGGCAGUAAAUCUUCUACUUGGUUUCGAUUUGUUACUUUAGGUCAACAACCACAAAUGCCACAAAUUAUUAAUACAGAGGCAACAUCGUCCUCAAUAACAGUUAGAUGGAAGUUACAAGACUACAAUGGAGGGGUUGUGGCUGUUAAUCCCGCAGGGACAAGUGUUAGCAAGUGGAUGAAAGUUUCUACUACAGGCCUUCCAGAAAGACCCACAAUUGUCAGUACUACAGCUAUCGAUUCGUCUUUGAUUAUUCAAUGGAAUAAAUUAUCUUAUAACGGUGGUUAUCCUGUUGAAAAUGUAAUUUUUUACGUGCAAUACAGCACCAAGGAGCAACAGAGCAACAGUAGUCAUUGUCAAUUAUGCCUACUAACUCAGCCAGUUAGGAAUAUCAAUGUUACUGUAGGUGGUUUGAAUCAUUUAACGUUAUAUUGGAUUCGCGUUCUAGCUGAAAACGUAGUCGGUAGAAGUUAUAGCCGUUGGCAUCAAGCAUGGACAUUAGGUUAUCCUCCUGGCUUAACUUCAAUCACUUCUUCUUCCUCUACUCCUUACUCAAUUUUUUUGACUUGGAGAGAAAUCACUGAUAACGGAUUAUAUAGCAUAAAUGAAUUAGUUCUUUACGUUCAAUAUGUCACAAAAGACUUUAAGACUCAAGAUUGUAGAUAUUGUCAUCGUGUAAAUACUACUUCAGCAACUUCAGUCGUCAUUCCGAAUUUAAUAUCUAAUACUAUUUAUAAAGCUAGAGUUAUUGCUCAAAAUACCGCUGGAAGUACUAAAUCAGCAUGGAAAGAUAUAGCGACAAAAAGUCCUCCUGAUAAGCCACAUAUUAUCGCUGCAACUACCAACAGUUCGACAGCUGCAAUUACCUGGACUUCCAUUGAUUAUAAUGGUGGUUAUGAUAGAAGUCUUUUAGUCUAUUAUGCUCAAUAUACGAAUAGGGAGUUACACGAUGAUGAUUGCUUGCAAUGCAUGCGGUCUAGAAAUAUUACGGUAACGACUGCUGCAAUUAAGAAUUUAAAUAGUAAUUCAAAUUACUGGGUGAGGAUUAUCUCGCAUAAUCCAACCGGCAAAAGUUACGGGAACUGGAUGAAAAUCAAGACUAAAGGAUUACCUGAUAAGCCGAAAAUAACUAGUAUCGUAAAUAGCAACAUCACGACAAUUCUAGUCGAUUGGGAUCCCAUUCGGUAUAACGGUGGCUACGACUUAUCAUUAGUAGUAUACUAUGUCAUAUUUGGUCCAAGUGUAAUGGACGGUGGCAUCCCAAGUCCAUGUGAAAAGUGUAAUCGAAGUUUGAGAACGUCCGGGAGUAUGGCCAUGUUAACAUCGUUUAUACCGCAUACUUAUUAUAGUUUUAGAGUUGUGGCGAACAAUGUAGUUGGCAGUAGUAGUAGUCCAUGGGAGUAUUUUAAGACUAGAGGUCUAGCUCCAAAUCUCUUGAAUAUUAGUAGAAUCAUAGUAACAACUAAUUCGAUAGCUAUAUUUUGGCAAUUACUAUUCUCUGGUGGCUAUCCUAUAGAAGAUAUAGAAUUUUUUAUUCAGUAUAUCGAAGGACAGUGUCAGGAAUCCUUUAAUUGUACAUUGUGUCAAUUUAUUAAGUCUGAAAAUUGGUCAUCCUUUACUAUUAAUCAGUUACCCUCAAACACCAAUUUUUGUUUCCGAGUAGCAGCAUCAAACGAAAUUGGAACAUGCUACAGCCAGUGGAUAAGCAGGCGGACUUUAGAGCCUACAGUAUCAACAACAAAAAUAUCGGAAACUACGAGUAUAAUCACUCAAAGUCAACCGACCCUUGGAAGUACCGCGCCAGCUACGUCACUGGCAACUACUAAGUAUUCAAUCUUUCCACCUAUACCUCAUGUUACAGCAGUUGAGGGAGCACCACCGCAAUCAAUCCCGGCCGUACGUACAUGGCUUGGACCGAUAUUAGGUGGAGGAGGAGCAGCAAUCGUUCUUAUGAUAGUAGCUGUAAUUUUUUCUAUUAAGAUUAUAAGAAAGCGAGGGGCAUUAUUAUCUGGCAACCAAAAGAAUAAGCAACGGCAGCAGGAUUCAAUCUAUGAAGAAAUUGACAAUUUUACUAAUGUUUUAUACGAAAGUGGAUCAACACUUGGCUUAAAAAUAAAGAAUGAUACAGGUACAGAUUUACCUACAAAUAUCACUCCCGAUAGUCCAUUCAGACGCCAAGCAAGUAGUAUCAAUUCAACAACGACGUUGCUUACAGAUAGUGGAAUAUUUCAUUGUGGGGAUGAUCAAAACAAACCGAAACCAGCGUUUAAUCAUACACCUGGAGUUCCGCAGUUACAACGAUCACUGUCUGAUGAUGAAUGUUAUAGUUACAUGUAUAGACAGCGUAGUAGAGCUAAUACUGCAGAAGAUUCAUCUUUAUUAUAA